GCCAUGCGUGGGCUCCAGGCAUCUGCUGGUCGCAAGGGGUCGCGCAAGGUUCGCACCGGAUGCGUGACGUGCAAGAUUCGCAAAGUCAAGUGCGACGAAGCAAAGCCAAGCUGUCAGAGGUGUACCACCACGGGUCGCAGAUGCGACGGCUACGUCACGCAGGGCUCUCGUCAUCAAUCCACAAUCCGGCAUGCCAUCCCCAUCGUCCGACCCGAGUCCUCCAGCAGUCGCCGCGCCUUCGACUUCUAUCACAGCCACGCCGCCCAUGUACUUCGGGGGAUCAGUGAGGGCGACUUCUGGGAUGGUGUGGUCUUACAAUUGAGCCUCAGAGAACCGAGCGUGCGGCAUGCGGUCCUCGCCGUGAGCGGCUUCCUGGAGUGCGCCACGUCCACCGAGCCAGCCUCGAGCCUUUCUGCGCAAAGAAACUUCGCAUAUGGCGAGUAUAGCAAAGCUAUACAUGCGCUCCGGAAAUGGGACGCACGCGGUCGCGCGCCCGAUAUACCUCUUCUCGUCUGUGUGUUGUUCAUCUGCAUCGAGUUUCUGCUAGACCGCGACCACGAGGUCCAACUACACGUAUGUCAAGGACGCAACAUCCUACAUAGCGUCCCCAAGUCUAUCUCAUCAGACUUCUUGCUAAUAAAGAACGACCUGGUUCCCAUCUACACGCGCCUCAGCCUGACGGGCUUUCUUUUCGGCAGUCGGCCAGCUCCCAUCCCCGACCACCUCAGAGGUACAGACGAUGUCCAAGCCGGCUUUACAUCCUUGGAACAAGCCAGAUACUCCCUGUGUCAGAUCUUGGACCACGGGCUGCGUUUCACUAUACGCGGUCGACCCGCCGCCUAUUCGCCAUCGCCGAACGUGGAGGAGCUGAACCUCCUUGCAGCUGAGCAACAGAGUCUAUUGACUCGUUUGUCGGACUGGCGAGUUGCUUUUGUGGUCCUCGCAGCAUCGCCAAAACGAGCCCCUUCCAUUGACAAGGACUUGCUCCAAAUUUACCUCAAUACGGCUGUCGUUUGGAUCUCUACGGCACUGCAGCCCUUUGAGACUGCAUACGAUGCUCACACACCCGCAUUUGCGUCCAUCAUCGCCGAUGCGUCGGCUGUAUUGAACAGUUUUGACGCACGUUCAAAGUUCCCACUCUUCACGUUCGAGACGGAGCUCAUCGCACCGCUGUACUGGACAGCCAUCAAGUGUCGGCACCCGCACCUUCGACGAGCGGCCGUUGGCUUGCUCAUGCGUGAUGAGCUGCGAAAUCGUCGAGAGAACAUGUGGUCAGGAAAAGAGGCAAUCGUUGUUGCGAGGAGGGUGAUUGAGCUGGAAGAGGCCCCGGGUGACGCAGUCUGUUCUAGCACAACACCAGACUUGGUGGGCGGUGGUCUCGACCUCGACCCCAGCACACAUCCUUCGACACACGAGACUGUCCAUCUCCGCCGACCUGCUAGCAACAUGGUGAUUCCCCUAUCUCACCCCCCCACUGUGGCCAAGGUGUUCCCGCCGAUGGCUGGGCUGACGGAGGAGCAUUGUAACGAUAUGGAGGCAACUUCGCCGGCUGCUUCUAUGCCACGAAUGCCCGAAAGGGUACAGGACGUCGGAGUUCAAACCACCCUACCGCCAUCGAAAGGCCUCGACGUGCAUCCACCGUAUGGGAUGGUCGAGAGCCGACGCAUCAAAAACAUUCUGAUCGAGCCUCGACAGCCGGGCGGCGUCUGGGUGAGCACGUUUCGGGACUUGGAGGACGGCAAGGGGCAUUGGCACAUUGAUCGGGAAUUCCUGGCUAUGUGAUAUCAUCAUGUGAUAACAAGAACACCAAGCAUGAUGGCGGAAGCUCUCGAGGCAUGCUACGGCCGUGAAUGUCAGGGUAUCAAUUCGUAACAUCGUACUGUACAUGCCGGGUUGAGGCCAGAUGGAGAUAUUCAGC